AUGUCUCACUCGGCCAAAUCUUCACCAACAAAGACAGAUGCUGUACCAUCACCACAAAUGGCGAUAAAUGCUAUUCCUCUCAACACCAUACCUGCCACAAGUCCAACGAUGAGGAGAAAAUCUGUUGCAAAGAAGGCUAAAUCAUCGCGAACGAAUACAAAUCCUUCCUCUCCCGCUGCAAUUAAAACACGUAAAGGCAAGAAAGGGAAAGGUGAAUCGAGUAAGCCUUUUACAAUGUCUGAACUUCACAUUAAUCCACUACCAUCAAGUGGUGUUGCAACGCCUGUCUCCAAUCCUACAGUUGAAAAUGUUACUGCAUCUGGUAAGAUUUCUGUUAAUUUAGGUCUUAAUACACCAAAAUCUGAUAAAACCCUAGGUGUAGAGACCCCUGAUAUGUCUGAAAAUUUGGGGAAAAGUGAUACUGAUAAAGAAGCUGUUCCUGAUAAAGUUGUGAAAGAAACUCCUGAGGUUAUAAUUGUUAAUGAAACUGAAACUACUGUUAGCGACAAGGCUGCUCCUACAAAUUCUGAGGCUAGUGUGGCUAGGAGGACUAGAAGUAGGGCUGGUAAAGCUGUAGAGGCUACUAACACACCUGUCCAAACACCCAAACCAUCUAGGGCUGAAAAAGUUACUUGUAAAAAGCCCCUAUAUGGACCUCCAAAACCUGUAAGUAAGGUGGUUCCUAGAACUGAGACUAGGAAAAGGAAAGCUCCACCAACAAGUGAUUCUGAGUUUGAGCCAGAGACAGAUUGCUUUGACAGGCUUGUUAAGGAAUUUUUGAUUAAUGUUGCUGAAAACUGCAAUGAUCCAAGAAGUCCUGAAUAUAGGCAAGUUUUUGUACGAGGAAAGUGUGUGAAAUUCUCACCAAUUGUGAUUAAUCAAUAUCUACAAAGAAGUUCUGAUGAAGUGGCUCCUCUAAAAGCCACAGAUAAUGAGGUCUGCAAAGUCCUCACUGGUGGAAGAAUUAAAAUGGUUUACGAAGGUAGAGGACAAUCGAUUUGGUGGCGUGAUUUAUUGAAGAUAGGGAGAGAAGACAAUGGCGACUGGUUCCGAUCAAAUAUAAGUAACGUGCUGGGACAAAGGAAUGCAAUUCAUUUUUGGAAAGACAAGUGGUAUGGAUCUGACUAUUUGUGA